ACGUAAAAAUAUGGAAAAAAACGUUUGACUUGUAACUGCAAAUCAUGCCACUUCAUUCCGUUGUCAAUAGGUAACUAAAUUAUUUUUUAUUGAUUGAAAUGUGACACGUCCUGGCCAAGUUUUUCUACUCCGUACUAGUCAUUGCUCAUUCCGUUUUGGGCUGUAACUCAUUGAGCUAAUGCCAAAGUCCAGGCCCAACGAAUCUAAGUCUUAUCUAAACAACGGAUAGAAAAGCCAAAGACAAACGGCGACCAUGCCGGUGGCGACACACCCCUCUGCUGCUCUGCAACUCCACAACCGAAGAUUCAACUCGAACUCUUUCUCACCGUCUCUCCUCCGCGCACGUCGGCUCCACGCAUUUUCCCGGCGGAUUGUUAGACUUACGGAAUCGUCUAAUGGGACCGCCCUCGGCGUUAAGGCGUACAUGGAUGAGAGCAACUCCUUCUCCGGCUUUGCCAAAAAAGUCAUCGGUUCGCUACCUGUGAUCGGACUCAUCGCCAGAAUCGUCAGCGGCGAGGGCGGAAUCGGCGGAGAUUUGAUCGAUUUUGCCGAGUUCAGAAGGAGAGUGGGAAACAAAUGUUCCAUCACCGAUUCAGACGCUUUCUAUGAAUUUCAAGAUCUGAGAGGCCGGGCCGGGGAUCCUUUGCAUGUUCUAUUAUGCUGCUGGCUAGCUGCGAUCGGUGCUGGUCUGCUAAAAUCCGAGGAGAUACUGGACGGGGCUGCAAGGCUUCGUUUAUCGAACGAUAUUGAGUUCGAGGAGCAAUAUUUCAUGGAUAUGAUGAAGCAAGCAAGAAUGAAACGAGAAAAACUAAGGGCUCCAAACCCGAGCAUACCCAUGGAAAUCAGAGCCGAGAAAGCAGUCGAUGCGAUUUACGUGUGCUGCUUUGGGAUGGAUCCAAUGGGAGAAGAAGAACAAAGGCUGCUAUGCAUCAUGCUCGGGGCUGUUUUCCCCACGGUUGGGAAGCAGGAGGUGGAGAGGAUUGUGAAAGCAAAGGCUAAUCGAAUAGCAGAAGGAUCAGAGGAUGAAGCCAAGCUUCGUGUGCCUAAGUCACUGUCGAAAGAAGCUGUUCGGAUUCAAUUGAAGGAUUUGGAAUUUCUGAAGCGACAAAACGGCUUGGGGAUUGCAAGAGAUGCAGACAAUUGACUUAUACGAGUCGGCAAGAAUGCCAUGCCAUAAAUAUCUUCAGAGCUGAGGUAUGUCUGAGAACUAUACAGACCUAGAUGAGAUGAUCAGUGAAAUUCCAAGAGUUUGAAUUGAAAAGAAAGUAAUUCCCAGGCCAGAAUCUUUAUCUCAUUUGUUAUAUUUAUGCUAAAAAAUUAUUGUAAAUCUUGCAUAUUUGUGUUGAGCUGUUAAGACCACCUGCUCUAUAAUUAUUUCUUGAAAGAGUGCCCAAGUACAAAUCAAAGCAUACCACUAUACCAGCAUAAACUAAAAGUGAAAUACUCCGUAUAUCUCAAGAGAAUUCAAACAUACGGAUGGAUAUGCACCAACGGACAACAAUUGGUGAGAAUGAAGGCCAAAACUAGGGGACUCUCAGGGCAUUCAUUAUUUGAGCAAUGUUAGGGGUACACCAAAGGUGUAUCCCAUUUGUCCCCCACCCCUUUCUCCACCAUUCAAUUUUAUUUUAUUUUUAUUUAUUUGGUGUACCCCUAGCAUUUGGUGUACCCCUAGCAUUUUUCUAAUUAUUUUAGUGCAAAGGGAUAGUGUUUUUCUUAGAGUAAAAACUAAAAUGUCAACAAACCUACUGUAAAAUUUAGAACUAAAUUUAUCCCAGAACGAACCAUACAAUACUGGGGAGCAUACGUUAAAGGUUACCGUCCGAUAAUCUUUUCAAAUGGUUAAUGUUAGUCUCUAACAUUGAUGUCAAACGAGACCUAAACACACACACACAUUAGAGUUUUCUUCCUUUAAUGCACGCUACAUCCUAAAAAAACAUUACAUGUUUGACUUUCACAAGAUUUAAACUUCACCGGUUCAACGUUCAUAAAAUUUAAGAGAACUGUUAAAAAAAUAGUGAACGAUUCAAAUUUUUUGAAAGCGGGAAAUGUUGUAUAGUCACAUACUCUGCAUUCAAUUGUUUAAAAAUAUACUCCGUAAUAAAGAGGGUAGGAUUUUUUUUGGCACGCCCAAAAAAUGGAAUUAGGAUUUUCAUGAGUUGCGAAAUUUAUUUAUAAUUAUUACUCCCUCCGUCCUAAAUCGACCUUCCCACGUUGACUAUAAGCCAUUUUUAAGGAAGUGUAAAAUACGCAUUGACUUUACCAAAGUACCCCUAAAGUCCCCCACUUCACCCAACAAUGCACAGAUCUAAAAACACUCGUACCCAUGGAGAAGCUCGCGCAGACCUCAAAUCUCAUAGCCGAAAUCAGAGAUACGGCGUUGGUGUCACCGGUCCGAUCGGCAGAUUCAGCCGGAGAGGUGCCGCCGAUGCCGCCGUGCGACUCGAACAGGUGUGGGAGUUGCUGGAAGAAGAUGGGGCUGGUGGCGUUCAAUUGCAAGUGCGGGUUCACCUUCUGUGUGGCCCACCUCUACCCUGAGACACAUGUUAUACCCGAGACCCGGGGUAUAAUCAAGUUGCUAUUUGAAGAUGGAAUUAUGGAAUGGUGAAAAGGAAAUGAGGGGGACGAAAUAUGGGGGUGGAACAAAGAGUUGUUUUUUUGGGUUUUUGAUGAAAGAAAAGAAUAAGUUCAAGAAGAAGAAAUGGUGAGAAAUGAAAUUGGCAGAGGUAAAGUGAAGGGAUAAACCAAGUUGGUGUUAAGAGAUAUAACACACUCUUAUCUUAACUUGGGGUUUGAAUCUAGAAUUCAAUCAAGAUAUGACACACUUAAUUAAAUAUCUAGAACCUA